AUGGUCGCCACUCAGACUCCGUCAUGGUCGUCCUCACCUUCCACCAUCACCCUCCCAACUCUCUCCCAACCUUCCUUGAAAUCUAACUACCCUUCCCUACCACCUCAGAACAAAAUGGGCUCCGCUGAAGGCAUUAUCUGGCGUGAUGUGCAUCCCAGCUCGCUUACCAGUUUGGAGCAGAAGGGCGAAGGCUCGGGCGCUUCCGUAUACCGAGGACUUCUGCCGUCUUUGCAGCUCCAUGAAAAGCCGAUGCUCGUCGCCAUGCGCAAGCCGCGCAUCACUUCCAUUCUAGCCCUGGACCGUUUCGAAGCGGAAGUUCGUCUCCGCACUCGCAUUUCACAUCCCAAUCUCCUUCCAUUGCUUGGUGCCUGCACUGCUCCCCCAGAGUAUUGCACCAUCUCCCCGUGGAUGGACGGUGGUACACUUUUCGACGUUUUGCAUGCAAAAGCCGUCUCUAUGUCAUUUGAAAGGCUUGUCACGCUUUCUUUACAAUUUGCAAAUGCUAUGGCCUACAUGCACGAAUGCAACCUCGUUCAUCGUGAUUUAAAGACUGCCAACUUGUUGCUUGAUCGUAAAUGGGAGAAUCUGGUCGUAGCCGACCUCGACCUUGCCGUUGACGUCAACGAGCUUCUCUCGGCAGCUUCUAAGAACGGUGGCCGCGCAGUUCACCGCGGUCCGUCUAACGGGCGACUUUCUCACAUGGUUGGAACACUAGUUUACAUGGCACCUGAGGUGCUGUCCGGAAAACCUCAUUCAUUUGCGGCUGAUGUGUAUGCUUUUGCUGUCACAAUUAAUGAGAUGGCCACCGGGGCUGUACCUUUUGUGGAUAGGAAAAUGCCUGUCCCUGAGCUACAUACCGUUUUGGAGACCCGCUUCAAUGAGGUCAAACUUAGAGGAACAAUUGUGAAGAAUCAUCUUAGACCAGUUCUUGCACGAGGUGUUCCAGAAGAAUUCAGAGAACUUAUUCAACAGUGUUGGCAUCCCGACCCCGUUGAGCGUCCAACUUUUCCUCAGAUCGUGUGCCUUCUUCGACAGAUAUUGGAGAGAGGACCGAAGUACCUUUCUAAUUUUUCUGGUUCCACUGUAGAUAUAGACAAUCACCUAGCUGGUGUUUCAAGAGGCAUGAGAAUUGAUGAUUGCAACCCUAUCUUGACGGAAAUCAAGUCUCACAUGUCAGCUGCGAGAAAGCCUAUUUGGGAGCAGAAACGGACCCAGUCCAACGGCAAUGGCAUGGAAAUCGACUCAUACACCAUGCCCUUGGAUAUAACUGCAGCCUUGAGCUCUACAUGCGGUAGUAGAGGUCCCGACCGCAUGGAAGAUAGGAGCAUUGUUCAGUCGCAACUAGCCAACUUGCCAAACACUCAUCUUUUCGGAGUGUUUGAUGGGCAUGCCGGUCAAAAAUGCUCCGAUUUUGUCGCAAAGCAUUUUGCCGGAGCUUUGUUCCGUGCGUGGGUCAAUGCUGACGCCACGCCUGAAUCAGCGCUCGUACAUGCGUUUGAAGAUGUCGAUGAAGCGUUUUUGAAGGAUGCCCCCGCUACUGAGGAAAGUGGAUGCACGGCACUAACGGCCCUCGUUGUGGAUUCGACCCUUUUUGUUGCCAACGCUGGAGACUGCAGAUGUGUUUUAGGCCGAACAGAUGGAUCCUAUGUUGAUCUCAGUCGGGAUCAUGUUGCGACCGAUCCUUUCGAAAAAGCACGCAUCGAAGCAAGAGGCGGUUUUGUUUCUCCGCAAGGUCGCGUACAGGGCCGUUUAAUGGUUUCACGAGCCAUGGGAGAUCGUUCGGUGAAGAGGUUUGUGUCAUCCACGCCUGAAGUAUUGACAAGUUCUAUUUCUGAAAAGGACGACUUCAUCAUCAUGGCUAGUGAUGGUCUGUGGGAUGUAGUUUCAUCACAAGAAGCGGUUUCUAUGUUGCGAUCCACAGUGAGAGUGCCCGACAUGGCCGCCAAGAGGCUAGCUCUAAAGGCAGUUGAAUUAGGAUCGGAUGAUAAUAUUUCAGUCGUAGUUGUGUUUUUCGGUGGAAAUAAGAGUUUCAGCUAUCUCUAGCCGAACCAAUCCUAUUUCCCACGCACCCGACUGUCCACCUUUCGCAGAUAAAACCCCUCUAACUGUUGAUUUAAAAAGUUGUAGACAGUUGCACUGCAGAA